AUGGUAGAAAGAAGCUGGCUGCGAGUUGAAAUUACAAUAUGUUUCACAAUGGCUGUCGUUUUCUUAGGUUUCGGCAUCUUAUUACUCUACGGUUUCUUCAAGUUGAUGAAUAACUUGUUCUUCCUGCUGGCUGGGCUCAGUUCGAUUUUCACUGCACUGUUAUACAUGAUCAAUGGAAUUGUUACUGUUGGUUUAUUACGACAAAAUAAUGUGGAUAUUGAAAAAGCACCGAAACAGAUCUCUUGCACUGCAAAAGAUGACCUUAAUGCAUCAUUUUCUGCUGAUCAGCGACCUGAAAUGAAUCAACAGCAUGUAAUUGAUUAUAUUGGAGAGGAACUGGACCAAAACUUGGAUAAUGAAACUAAGAGCCAUGACAACAACAGCACGGAUUACAACAUUAACCAUUGCAAAAAUUGUAGCAACAAUGAUGCUAACAGUGUUGUGACGGUAGGCCCAAAGGAGCGGUAUCGAUAUGCACCAGCUAGAAAUAGUAAUAUCUCAAAAUCUAGUGCUCCAUGUAAUCAGAAACUUCAUCAGCGGUCUGCAGGCAUUUGGAGUCAAGUUUCGAGACGUAAGAUGACACGGAUUCCGUUGAUUGUUUCUGCUGAAGCAGAAGACUUUAAUGAAAAUCAUCAUAUUGAACAUUUCAAUGCUCAUUUCUUGGCUACUCAAAAACAUGGUCCACUACUUGUCCACAGUAAAACUGCUGAGGAAUGUGAAAUUAUUAUUCGAAGUCGUUACUCGAAAGGAAAAGAUGAUAGUUCCAGACACAGUGUCUAUGAAAGAUCCUUGGAUGAUGACAGCACAUCUGGCUCAAUUGUUGAACCAGUUUACUAUUACAACAAUUCAGUGCAAAUGGAGCUAGAGAAUCUUGAUUUAGCCAUUCAGCCGGAGCUGCGUCUCGUACAACUACAGGCUCAAAAGAUUCCAGAUUACAGUUAUAGUGGUUCAGAUGACUUAAGUUUGGAGCAAAUGUCCGUUAUACCAUCACAUAGUUGUGGUCAGCGAGGAAAUGGUAAAGAAAGUCAGCGUAGAUGCUUUUUAAAACAUGAUUAUCGUCGUGGAUCAAGAGAUAUUCAGCAUCUAUCAUAUAUCACGCACAAAGAAUCAGAUGAUGAAGACUCAUCAUCGCAUACUAAUUAUAGGAAUGCUGUCAGGAGUAGGCAAAAGAUAUCGCAAAAGCGAGAAUCGGUAGAUCCCUCCUGUAUGCCAACGAUUGUAACAGCCAUCGAUUCAGGCCGUGAAUCGGACAUCAUUCGGAAAAACCCCCCGAGACGAACGAAUUCAAGAGACAAGAAAAUGAGGAAUAGAGGAUUUGACGUGGUAAUCAGAGCACAAAAUGAUGGCGAACGUUUCGGAAGUCGACGAAGGACCCUGAGUGCUUCAAACUCUUCGCAUAAUAAACUUGUUGAAGCUUAUCUUGUCACGGAAUUCUGA